AUGCGCAAGAGAGUAGAAAAGGAGAUAGGUCAAAUACACAAGGACUUUGAGUUAGUGCGUGAGUGUCGCGCUGAGAUGUAUGAAUAUGCGGACGAAAGCCAAACGUCAACUAUGGACGAUUGGGAAGAUGUAUUGACAAACGAUGUAUACGACAUUGAAGAGAAAGUUGAGGCCUUCCUGCAGGCUCUUUCCGUGUCGGAGCACGCUAACGCAACGUCUAAACCUAACGAACAGAUUAUAGAAAUAGCCAGCGCUGGUAAUAUUAGCCAAGUCGAAGCCGCAGGCGGUAAUGUAGAAUCUAGUCAAGGAACGCAUGAUGAAUCUCCGUUACAAGAGACUAACAUUCCCAACCAUGUACCAGUAAAUAGUGAAGAAACGAGUUCUGAAAAUUCUAAAGUCGAGAGCUUCAAAACAUAGUCUUUUGGAAACUCCGCUAAAGUCUUUGUUCUAUCUUUUUGUUCACGUUUAUGCAGUUUUGUGCACGGUGCACAUGAGGGAGAACUCGUCGAUAGUUCUCAUAUCGCGGUUGUGGUAAGGAACUGUGGGUGCAGGUUGCUGUCAAAGCAAUUAGCAGAUAUAAAGUGAUUGGAAAAGAUGCCCUAAUGUGUUCAGGAGGAAGUUCAAUCGGGCUUCAACAUUGCUCUCUUCCACUGA